CUUCUUCUUUCUUCUUCUUAUUCUUUCUCUCUCUCUCUUCUCCCUUCUUCUUCCUCUUUGAAACCCAAAUCUGGGUUUUUCUCAGUCAGAAUCAAUGCCUUCAGCGGCAGUGAAUCAGUGGCAGGAAAAAGCUAGUGGUUUUUUUUAAUCGUGAAUUUUCUUGAUCUAGAGGGGCAUAGUGAAAUCUUGUCCGAAGAUUUCGAGUGUUGGCUUGAAUUCAUGUGUUUGGAUCAAAAUCUGGUUUCAGUGAAUGUCAAUUUCAUGGGUAGCAGCCACGUCUUGGUCGAAGAAAAUGUAAGCUUUAGCUAUGAGAACAUAGAAGAGAGGAAAGGUAGGAACGGUUUCAAAGGAGUUCGAGUUUGGAGAAUUUGCAAGGGGAAGAUAGCGAGGAAGUGAAUGUUAGGGCUACAAGCGG